AGAGCCGUAAGCUCCGCCUCCUGCCAGGUGUACAGAUACACUCCUUCUUUUUUUUUUCACACGACGGCAGUUUUUUCUUCUUCUGUGGCUGAAUGCGUAAGUGCGGUGCUGCAGGAAGCGCUGUGGUGUUCGUUGUUGCCGCUGCGUCAUCGUUUAAAAAAGAAAGAAGGAAGGAUAAGGGAACCGCCUCGCACCGUAUUAAGUGAUUGCGCCACCUUUACUCGACCACUGCGGUUGGGGUAUCACGCAUACAUACCCCCCAAAGGAGGUGCAAAACUGUGUGCAUCGCGUUCAACGCUGAAAAGAAAAGGAAUAGCUAAUAUGAUGGACAUUGCGACCGAGCCGGAGGUGCGCUGGGGAGCCCACGUGAUCGCCCAAAUGCUUCGCAAGAAGCAGUUCGCCGACGUCCUUGAAGCGCUGCGCCAGAACGAGCUGAACCGCACCCUCGACCUCACCGCGCUGGUCUGCAUGGGCGUUGGGGCUGUCGUUGGGGCGGGCGUGUUCGUCAUCACCGGCCAGGCCGCCUCCCUCUACGCCGGACCCGCCCUCUCCCUCUCCUUUGUUCUCUGCAUCUUUCCUUGCCUCUUUCCUUGCCUCUUUACGGGCUUGUGCUACGCGGAGCUGUCGGCGAUGGUGCCGGUGGUGGGGAGCACCUACACCCAAACUUCCCUCGCGCUGGGGGAGCUGGCGGCGUACAUGGUGGCGGUGUGCCUCACGCUGGAAAACUUGGUAUCGGGCUCGGCCGUCGCGGUGAGCUGGUCGGCCAGCGUGUGCGCCUUGCUGCGGGAGUUGGGGGUGCACUUUCCAGAGCUCUUUUCCCACUCCCCUGUCGUCGUCGACGGCUACCACUUUGUUGCCUCGGGGUCGAUUUUGAACCUGCCGGCGGUGGUGAUCUGCGCCGUGGUCACGGCGGUCCUCUGCGUGGGCAUUCGCGAGUCGGCCAUGGUGAACAACGCCUUUGUGUGCGUGAAACUCGGUGUGCUCAGCUGCUUCGUCUGCUACGGUCUGUACUACGCCGUCGGGCACUGGGACACCUUCAGGGAGAACAUCACGCCUUUCAUCCCGCCGAACGAGGGCUCCUUCGGAAAGUUCGGCACCAGCGGCGUCUUCCGCGGCGCGGGGGUCGUGUUCUUCGCCAACGUCGGCUUCGACACCAUCUGCGCCACCGCGCAAGAAUGCAAGCAGCCGCAGCGUGACCUGCCGCGGAGUCUCGUGCUGACACUCGUCAUUUGCACGUGCUGUUAA